AUGCAUUUGAUGCUACAUAUAAAUAUAACACUUAAAACUACAUCGUAUCCAGCUACCGGUGCGAGCCCAUUAUUCUUCUCUUUACAAGAAAAAGCCAAUAUGCUUGGCGGCAGCGUGCUGUGGUUUCGACAUGGCUUACGUCUCCACGACAACCCGUCUUUGCAAAGUGCUCUGGAAGAAAGAAGCUUACCAUUCUUCCCUGUCUUCAUAUUUGAUGGCGAAACAGCUGGUACCAAGGUAGUGGGAUAUAACCGCAUGCGUUAUCUUCUGGAAGCUUUGAACGAUCUGGAUGCGCAGUUCAAGAAGUAUGGCGGAAAAUUGUUUAUGAUCAAAGGAAAACCUGAUGUGGUCUUCAAGCGUCUUUGGGAAGAAUUUGGUAUCCGUAAGCUCUGCUUCGAGCAAGAUUGCGAGCCAAUAUGGCGUCAACGUGACGAGGGCGUACGCACCAUGUGCCGCGAGAUAGGCGUCUCGUGUUUGGAACACGUGUCCCACACUUUAUGGGACCCCGACACCGUCAUACGGACUAAUGGGGGUAUCCCCCCAUUGACGUAUCAAAUGUUUUUGCAUACUGUAGCCAUCAUCGGGGACCCUCCCCGCCCAGUGGACGACGUUGACUUGAAAGGCGUCAAUUUCGGAUCUCUCUCCGAAAGUUUCUAUAAAGAAUUUACCAUCUUUGAUCAGGCUCCGAAGCCCGAGGACUUGGGGGUGUUCUUGGAGAACGAAGACAUCCGCAUGAUCCGCUGGGUGGGCGGCGAGACGGCCGCCUUGCACCAGAUGCAGCAGCGGCUCGCUGUGGAGUAUGAGACCUUCUGCAGGGGAUCUUAUUUGCCAACUCAUGGUAACCCGGACUUAUUGGGACCCCCUAUUUCUUUGAGUCCGGCUCUUCGCUUCGGAUGUCUUUCUGUGCGCCGAUUCUAUUGGUGCGUCCAGGAUUUGUUCCAUCAAGUGAAUCAAGGACAACUCGCCUCAACUCAAUUCAUUACGGGCCAGCUGAUAUGGCGCGAGUACUUCUACACGAUGAGCGUGAACAACCCCAGCUACGGGCAGAUGAACGGCAACCCCAUAUGCCUUAGUAUCCCAUGGAAAGAGCCUGAAGGUGAUGAGUUGCAGAGUACACGCGUGUCGCGUGGCAGAUGGCGCGAGGGGCGCACGGGGUUCCCGUUCAUCGACGCGGCGAUGCGGCAGCUGCGCACGGAGGGCUGGCUGCACCACGCCGCGCGCAACACCGUGGCCUCCUUCCUCACGCGCGGCACGCUCUGGCUGUCCUGGGAGCACGGCCUCGACCACUUCCUCAAGUACCUGCUGGACGCGGACUGGUCGGUGUGCGCCGGCAACUGGAUGUGGGUGUCGUCGUCCGCGUUCGAGGCGCUGCUGGACUCGGGCGAGUGCGCGUGCCCCGUGCGCCUCGGCCGCCGCCUCGAGCCCUCCGGCCGCUACGUGCGCCGCUACGUGCCCGAGCUCGCCCACAUGCCCGAUCAGUACAUCUACGAGCCGUGGAACGCCCCCAUCGAGGUGCAGGAGCGCGCGGGCUGCGUGGUGGGGCGCGACUACCCCGCGCCGGUGGUGGACCACCGCGCCGCCGCGCACCGCAACCGCGCCGCCAUGCAGGAGUUACGUCGUGUACUCGAGAAGGCUCCUCCUCACUGCUGUCCCUCAUCAGAGGACGAAAUCCGCCAGUUCAUGUGGCUCGGCGACGAAAACCAACCGGAGAUCACUACUGCA